AUGUCCAACGAGGUUUCCAAUACCCGGCUUUAUCUGGGGAACCUCCCUCCAAAUGCUACCAAGGCCGAUAUUGAGGCGCACUUUGCCACGCACGGCACCGGAGAAAUCACAGAGGUCAAGCUCAUGCAUGGCUUCGGCUUCAUCGAAUACAAGGAUCCCAUGGAUGCCCGAGACGUCGUUCCUGACGGAUCCGACUUCAAAGGAACUCGAUUGACCGUCCAGUUCGCCCGUGGCCCUCGCCCCCGUGAACCACCAGGCUAUGGCGCCGGUGGUGCCCACCACGAGCGAGCCGCUCCCCGGCCCCGACGAACCAUUCACCGAAUGACCAUUACCGGACUUCCCAACGAAACCAGCUGGCAGGACCUGAAGGACUUUGCACGCCAGGCUGGUCCCGAUGUUGUUUACUCGGAAACAGCUCGCGACUCGGGCCGAGGCUUCGUUGAAUAUGAGAAUGCCAACGACUUGCGCACCGCCGUCGAGAAGCUCGAUGGAUUCGAGUUCAAGGGCAAGGUGGUGCAGUGCAUCUCUGAUACGCAGACCGAAGUGCCCAUCUCCCGACAGCGCGGGCGCUCGCGCUCCCCUGGACGUCGUCCUUACAACAACAACAAUAACGCGCCACCUUUUGACGAGUACGAUCGUCGCGGACCGCCUCCACGAGGCUACCCCCCGCGCCGCGAGGAGCCACCAUAUGGCGGCGGCGGCGGCGGAUACAGAGAACGUAGCCCUCGCCGCGACUAUUACGAGGAAAGAGCUGGUGGAUACCACUCGCCUCCUCGACGCCUGAUGGAGGACUAUCCUCCGCCACAAGGACCGCGAGGCCACUACGAUGAGCCCUACCGUCGCGACUAUCCGCCGCCACCCCCAGCUGGCCCCUACGGAGGCCGUCCUUACGACCGGCCCCCUCCUCCCCGAGACUUCCCACCCCGUGAUGGCCCACCGCAAUACCCCAGGGAAGGCGGCUAUGGCCGGGACUAUGACCGUGGUGGACGCUACUGGUAA